GGACCUAACACUGACACCCGGGAGAGCAACGGCGGUGGAGUACUCAAGGAUAUACAUUGACGAACUUGUUGUAAUUUUGACAUCCAAGCCAAAGCCCUUGCCUGAGUACUUGUCACUGAUCAGGCCGCUUGAAGGCGAGGUGUGGGGCGCCAUCGUGGUGUGUGUGAUGGUGUGGGGAACAGUGCUGUGGGUGAUGGAGAGACUGUCGCACUGGAUAACUGGACGCCGCUACUUCAGCUUCUCCUCCUCCAUCUUCUACGGGUGGGGGCUGCUGCUGGAGGACCACCCUUCGAGCCGCCCUCCAACCCCGCAAGUCAAAUACUCGUUUGCAUGUGGCUGCUGGUGUACCUGAUCCUCUCGACAGCCUACAGCAGUUCCCUCAUCUCCCAUCUGGUUGUGAAAGACAAGUCGUCUGUCAUCAACAACAUGGAGCAGCUGGCGGAGCGGGGGGAAAAGGAAGGAUGGGAGUGGGGCAUUCCUGGACCCCGCAUGACUGGUGCUUAUGAAACCUUCUUCGUAACAAGUCCCACGCCAGCGAUCAUCAAGGUGCACAAAGCCCUUAAGAUAACGGACACAGAUGAAGCAAUGAAGAGAGUGUUGGAAGGCGGUUUCUCAUACAUCGACAACUAUUACUUCAUCCAAACACUGGUGUCCACCUUCUACACAGACGACUCUGGCUACACCCCCGUCCACAUCAGCACCACCCACUACCCGCUCUUCGCCGGGAACGGAUGGGGAUUCCGCCCCGGUGCACCUUUCCGUCAGCGCUUCAGCAGCGCCAUCCAGCAAUUCAUAGAUUCAGGACUCAUCACCUACUGGAUGAAUGACGUAGUGAGGACCCACACCAGGGAGGAGCGUCGAGCUUCAAAGGAGAAAGGCACACAGCUCCAGCUCACUUUCACAGAAACCAGCGAUGGCCAAGUGGCGCUGGGACUCAGUCACCUGCAAGGGGCAUUCUACGCACUCUUCCUAGGCCAAGGCGCGGCCUGCCUAUCCUUCCUGUGUGAGCGGCUCUCCAGACUACGCUGAUCUUUAUACAAAACUAAUUAAUUCGUGUUAACUUACACCGGCAGUAGAAGUCUGAACGAAGAAAACAAUUCCUGACUAAAGACUCUUUUCAUAGUGUUGUGCAAAUUUUAAGAUGUUAUUGUUCUAGAUAGGU